AUGCCUUACGAUAUCUCCUCCCUCCCCACCACCUCCGUCACUUUCCACCCUACGACAGCAACAGUCGUCCGAGAUAUCAACAUAUCCAUCAAGCCCGGCCUCAAUGAAAUUAUCGUGGAUGGAAUUGACCCCCUCGUCAAUCUCGAGUCUAUCCGACUUGAAGGCUCCGGUCCAGCGACCAUCACCGACACCCAGACAGAGCUAGUCCCGAGAGACAGUGAAGCCGACGAAGAAGAAGAGGAAGAAGAAGAGGAGGAGGAGGAGGAAGAAGAAGAGGAUAGAGAAACCGAAACAAUUCCUCUCCCGCUGCAAGAGGCCCGCCAGUCGCUCCGAACCCGCCAGGCAGCGUUGGCGCACGCCCAGGAUAACCAGGCGGCUGCGACCGCGUCGCUGCGCUUCCUCGACCAGUACGGCCUGGGCAUGAAGGCUGCCGAAGUCGAAACCGCCCAGCUGGCGACCUUUAUAGAAUUCUACCAUGACCAGCGCGCAGCAGAGCAUGUCCGCCACGCCCAGGCCGGCGAGGAGAUCACAGACCUGGAACGGGAGAUCGCCCAACUCGCUCGCACCGUCCAGAAAGAGGAACACGCGUGGGAAAGAAGCCAAAAGGCCGCGUCUAGGCUUGCUCAGCGUGAGGGACUGCAGCGACGACGCCAGAUUGAGCAACGCGCGCAUCAGCGCCGUCGGGAACGCGACGAACGACGCAGAUUCCGCCCUCACGCUGUCUACCGUCUUACUAUCCUGUUAGAUUGUCAGGUCGAAAGCGAAGAUGACGCCGAUAACGACACCGAAAGAGAAGCAGCCUUACGGCUGAGCUACAUGGUGCCCCGGGCGGGCUGGCGCGCCCAGUACGAUUUGAACAUCAACACACCGACGUCGUCUGCAAAACUGGUCUACCGCGCCGAAUACCACAAUGGAACCUCCGAAACCUGGCGUGACGCCAAGGUCAUCCUCAGCUCGUCCCAGGCGGUGUUUUCCGGGCUGGACGAGCGCAUUCCUACGCUGAAACCCUGGCGUAUCCGGCUUGCAAGCGAGGACGAGAAGGCAGGGCUCUGGGAGGGGGGGAUGAAGAGCAGGGAGGAGCAGUCAGCUCAACCUCAUCCUCUAUUUGGAAAACCUGCGGCUCUUCAAGCUCCAUUCAGACCGGCGAGUGGAGCUUUUGCUCAACCAGCUACCCAGGCAUCAUCUCCAUUCGGAUCUCAAGCUAUAGCUGCAGGUGGACGGGCUAAAUCUCUGUUUGGAUCAGCUCAAGCUCCAGCUCCAGCUCCAGCUCCAGCAACUGGACUCUUUGGAGCCCCAGUUCAAGGUUACGCUCAAGCUCAAGCUCCAGCUCAGGCUCCAGCUCAAGCUCAAGCUCCGGCUCCGGCUCCAGAUCCAGCACCUGGACUCUUCGGGGCCCCAGCUCCAGCCCAAGAUAGUCCCUUUGGAUCAACUCAGCCAGCUCCAGAAAUCCCCUUGGACUCGCUCCGCACAGAGCACGGCCUGACGACAACCUACAAUCUCGGGAUGCGCACAUUACCACCCAGCAGCAUCUCCCGACGCCACAUCCUCUCGCAACUCACGCUCCCCUCCCUUUCGUUGCGGAGAGUGGUCGUCCCCAAACUGCGCCGGGCCGCCAUGAUCGAAGCCCGACUGCAAAACAGCGCCACCGCCCUGCUCCGCGCCAAAACAGGAAUCACCCUCGACUCAACCUUCCUGGGGAACAGGGAGAUGCCGCCCUGCGCCCCAAACGAAUACUUUACCCUCUCGCUGGGCGUGGAUCCCACAGUCCAAGUCUCGUAUACCGGGCCCACUCUCGAACGAGGGACCGCCACCGCCGGCUUCUUCAAGGAGAAAGAGGAGUCGGCCCGUUUCACCCGCGUGUGUACCGUGCGGAAUACCUCUUCGGAACCCUUAUCUCGCCUGCUUGUUCUGGAGCAGAUCCCUGUCCCCACAGACAAGGAUGUCAAAGUCACCCUGUUGGACCCCUUGACCGUUGACUGUGGAGAAGAGAGAGAAGAAGAAGAAGAAGAAAGUACUGGUGAAAGAGCUGGCCAGAUCAAGUGGACCACGCAGUUAUUGCCCGGUGAAGAAAAGAAGUUCACCCUUCGGUAUGAGAUACGAAGUACCGGACGGGUUGUUCUGUGUAGCUAG